AUGGUGGCACCAUCUCAAUUCAAGCAACUUGAAAAGGUUGGUAACGGUACGUAUGCUACCGUGUACAAAGGAUUGAAUAAGACGACUGGUGUAUACGUUGCUUUGAAAGAAGUGAAAUUGGAUAGCGAAGAAGGAACUCCGUCAACGGCCAUUAGGGAGAUAUCGUUGAUGAAAGAGUUGAAACAUGAUAACAUCGUGAGGCUAUUCGAUGUGAUUCAUACUGAGAAUAAGUUGACGUUGGUGUUUGAAUUCAUGGAUAAUGACCUUAAGAAGUUCAUGGACAAUAGAAACAAGGGAAAUUCUCAUAAGGGCUUAGAGAUGGAUUUGGUGAAAUAUUUCCAAUGGCAGUUGUUACAAGGUGUAGCGUUUUGCCAUGAGAACAGGAUCUUGCAUCGUGAUUUGAAACCUCAGAACUUGUUGAUCAAUAACAGAGGUCAAUUGAAACUUGGUGAUUUUGGGUUGGCUCGUGCAUUUGGUAUCCCAGUUAACACUUUCAGCAGUGAAGUGGUGACUCUUUGGUAUAGGGCUCCUGAUGUGUUGAUGGGGUCAAGAAACUAUUGCACUUCAAUCGAUAUUUGGUCAUGCGGAUGUAUCUUGGCUGAAAUGAUUAUGGGGAAACCGUUAUUCCCUGGUUCCAACGAUGAGGAACAGUUGAAACUCAUAUUCGAUACGAUGGGUACUCCAGUGGAGCAGACAUGGCCGCAAGUGACUCAAUUGGCUAAAUACAAUCCACUUUUGCCUCCACAUAUGCCUCGUGAUUUGAAACAGCUAUUACAAAACAAUACGGAGGAAGUGUUGGACGAUAAUGUAGUGGAUCUAUUGCAUGGUCUAUUGCAACUGAACCCAGAUGCAAGACUUUCUGCAAAGGAUGCCUUGAACCACCCAUGGUUUGCAGAAUAUAACCAUGCCAACUAA